GCGCGCUCACGUACAACGCGUGGUUCUUUCACAUUGCCGUAAGUAGGGAAGACUAGUCCGUCGUUUUAAAGGUUCCAGGGGUUCUUUUUACAUGUUUUAAUUGAGAUUAGCCACUCUGCGUCUUAGACUGAAGCCUGUUUGGUCUAGGGGUGGAGUGGAGAGUGCGAGAGGCUCCCGCUGGAAGCACACACGUCGUUCGCUGAUCAUUGCGGUGGAUUUGAGGGGUGUUUGUUAGAGGAGAAAUGGCCACUGAGGUGGAGACUCUCCUGCCGAACAACUCGCUGCUCAAGCCGGAGGAGCUCGAGCACCAGGCCGGCGAAGACGGGGGGUUUGUGGGGAAGGAGCAGAGCCUGAAACGGGCGAAGGACGAGAGCAACAGCCAGGCGAAGGAGAACCUGGAGCAGGAGAGCGAAGACGACGCGUGUAAGACGGAGUUCACCGAGGCUCCGCCGCCCAAGGUGAACCCGUGGACGAAGAAGAUGAGCGGCGUCAACGGACAAGCGCUGCACGAGCAUUCUGGUCCCACAAAGGUGGUGAAGGCCGGGAACACCCGAGCGCGGCGCGGAGGAAAGGUGGGGGAUUUCGGAGACACGAACAACUGGCCGACGCCUGGAGAGAUUGCCACCAAAGAAGUUCAGGUUGUGAAGAAGUCGGCGGUGAAGCGAGAGUCCAAGGGAAAGAGGGAAAAUGAAGAGAGCAAAGAAAACCUCAAAGCCAAGUCUGACGACUCUGGAGAGGAGAAAAACACGGACGAGGAGUCGCAGAAAAACGGACACAAAAAGAGAGGAAAUAAGCACAAGUGGGUUCCUCUGAUGAUCGAGGUGAAGUCUGAGGGUCCGCGCGAGCGCUCGGCCUCGAGGAACAACACGCGCCAGUUUGAUCACCGGAUCCCUCCGGGCGGCAGGAACGACCUGAGAGAUUGGCACAGCGGGAAGUACGAUCAGGAGUUGAGGGAUGACCAUGACGAGGUGUCGAGUGUGAAGAGCGAGGGAGCGCCGUACAGAGCCGGGGCCAGGGGCCGAGGCCGGGGUCGGGGCCGAGGAAGAGGACGAGGAAGAGGCAGAGGUCAUUAUGACUACUACUAUGGCUAUAAAGGCUUUGAUGGCAAGGAUGGAGCCUGUGGUCAGAAGUUCAACAGCACAGUGACUUACUAUUACGACAACAUGAGCAGUAACGACCUGUACACUGUGGACCACGACCUGCUCAAGGACUACAUCAAGAGGCAGAUCGAAUACUACUUCAGCAGUGACAACCUGGAGAGGGACUUCUUCCUGCGCAGGAAGAUGGAUGAGGAGGGUUUCCUUCCGGUGUCUCUGAUCGCCAGCUUCCACCGUGUGCAGGCGCUCACCACCGACGUCAGCCUCAUACUGGAGGCGCUGAAGGACAGUAAAAUAGUGGAUAUCACGGAUAUGAAAAUCCGCUGCAAGGAGGAGCCGGAGAAAUGGCCCCUGCCGGGCCUCGCCUUGCCCGACCAGUCGCAGACGGACUUCUCCCAGUUCAUCAACUGCCCCGAGUUUGUUCCCAGGACCGUUGUGGACAAACACACAGGCUCCCCGAGAUCCUCCACACCGCAGCACCACAAGACUGAUGACGUGAGCAACCUGAAGCUGAUGCCCAAGGGCCUGUCCGCCAGCCUGCCGGAUCUGGACUCGGAGUCAUGGAUCGAGGUCAAGAAGAGGCCGAGGCCUUCGCCCGCCCGACCCAAGAAAGCGGAUGCGGUGCGUUCGCCCGCUCAGACCGGCCCGGCGACAGGCGAGGAGCCGGACGAGCCCGAGGAGCUGGACUUCAUGUUCGACGAGGAGAUGGAGCAGAUCGACGGCCGGCGCAACACUUUCACCGACUGGUCGGACGAGGAUUCGGACUGUGAAAUCGACGAUCGAGACGUCAACAAGAUCCUGAUCGUGACUCAGACGCCGCCGUACCUGCGCAAGCACCCGGGAGGAGACCGCACGGGGAACCACACCUCCAGGUCCAAGCUGAGCAGCGAGCUGGUGAAGGUCAUCAACGACGGCCUGUACUACUACGAGCAGGACCUCUGGGACGACACGUACGAGCCGGAGUACGCCACGAUCAAGCAAGAAGUGGAGAACUUCAAGAAGGUGCACCUGAUCAGCAGAGAGGAGUUCGAGUGCCUGACCCCUGAGCCGCCCAUCGACCCCAACCAGGAGGUUCCCCCGGGCCCGCCCCGACCCCAGCAGAUCCCCACGGAGGCCUUGGCCAACAAGCUGUUCGGCGCCCCGGAGCCGUCGGCCAUCGCUCGCUCUCUCCCGACGACAGUGCCUGACUCGCCCAACUACCGCAGUGCCCGAACGCCCCGGACCCCCCGCACCCCCCGCCUGAAGGACCCCACGCAGACGCCACGCUUCUACCCCGUGGUGAAGGACGGCCGGCCGCUCGAUGCCAAGACCCCUCGCAAGAGGAAGACGCGACACAGCUCCAACCCGCCCAUGGAGUGUCACGUGGGCUGGGUGAUGGACUCGCGAGAGCACCGCUCGCGCACCGCCUCCGUCAGCUCGACCGCGAGCCCGUCGGAGGGCACCGCAGCGAUGGGCAACUACGGCUGCACGCCUCAGUCUCUGCCCAAGUUCCAGCACCCGUCGCACGAGCUCCUGAAGGAGAACGGCUUCACGCAGCACGUCUACCACAAGUACCGGCGGCGCUGCCUCAACGAGCGCAAGCGUCUGGGCAUCGGCCAGUCUCAGGAGAUGAACACGCUCUUCCGCUUCUGGUCCUUCUUCUUGCGGGAUCACUUCAACAGGAAGAUGUACGAGGAAUUCCGACAGCUGGUGGUGGAGGAUGGGAAGGAAGGAUACAGGUACGGUCUGGAGUGUCUCUUCAGGUUUUAUAGCUAUGGACUCGAGAGGAAGUUCAGGCCGGACAUAUUUAAAGAUUUCCAAGAAGAGACCAUUAAAGACUAUGAAGCAGGCCAGCUGUAUGGACUCGAGAAGUUUUGGGCUUUUCUUAAAUACUCGAAAACAAAGAACAUGGAGAUCGACCCCAAGCUGCAGGUCCAUUUAAGCAAGUUCAAGCGUCUAGAAGACUUCAGAGUGGACCCGCCCAUGGAGGAAGGCGGGCGUAAGAGACACGCUUCCAGCGGAGAUGGCCGUCGCCGCCACCCUUCCCAGCAGUCCAACCGCUCCCAGAACCAGGUCACUUCAGGCUCCGCCCCCCUGACUGGAGCUCCUCCCACCAGAGAUGCUGCUUCAGGCUCCGCCCCUCCCACCAGAGAUGAUGCCAACACCCCGAGCCAGCGAACCGCCUCAGACGGCAAGCCCCCGAAGUGAGCGUCUCAUGGGCCGCGGGUCCGACCGCCCGAACACAAGCAUGACACAACGGCUCUCCAACGAACGGCUCACGAUUGUCCAAUCUCGGCUCUUCCAUCUUCCCCUCGUUCACAGCAUUGUGCGUCAGAAACGGACAGCAGAGGGCAUGAGAAAUACUUCCAUUCUUCGUUUUAUUAAAGACUCUGAAGUUUUAUUCCUGUUGUGUCAUUGGGGUACACAAAGGCUUUAGUUGAAUCUUUCUGCUUCAUAAUCCUCAGUGGACUCGCUGUUUUAUUUGGCUGAACGACGCGUGAUUCCACCAUGAUCUUUUUUUUUUCUUUCCUUGUUAGAGAUUGUGUUGAACGAUGAUAAGAUUGCUCUUGACUAGACUAGGUACUGGAUGAGGCAAACCCGUAACACAGAAAAUAAUGCAAAUACUAUAGAUCUGCAGUUGUUUGAGCGAGAUGAUUUUAUGUUACCCGUUUUUUUUUUUGUUUUUUUUUUCGGGGGUGGACGCUAAACUCUAUAGCUAAUAACUUUUAGCGUACCGUAAGCUUGGCCAUCACUGUGACACUAACGUCCCGCCUGCCAAAUCCUCUCGCUUGCUUCCAAGUGUCACGGCCUGUUACAGAAGACGACGGCUCGUCAGACGUGAAGCCGAGCUCGUCGCGGACAGAUGCUCGUUCACCGGCAGACUCGCACCAUCUCCUGCCCGCGGGAGUCAUUACCAGAGUGUUGGUCCUAGUGUACAUAUGAAUUCAAGAAAUUAAGAGACAUUACACCACCUUGGCUGUAUGUGUCAUUUAUUGUUUAUAGAGAUAUAUUUGCCUUACGUGUUCACCUUUUUUAUGCUCGCCCUAAUGAGUUUUGAGUUAUUAUGGGUAUGUUUUAGUAUCACUUCUAGCUUUUCUUCAUACAAACAGCAUGUCGGUCUGAGUAAAGGGAAACUGACCUCAGGGUUUCAACUGGAAUCAUGUGAAGAAAGGCAAACCUUUGAUUAUGACGAUUACCUGAAAACAUUUGGAUCAUAAGCAAUAUUCCAAUCUAAUUUACGGGAUUUGGCUGCCAUAUCAACAUCUAUACAUUUGUUUGCUGAAAUGUUUUCGGUCACAUUCUCUCUGGUAAUAUUUGGAUUUAAAUUUUAUUUCAUUUUAACUCUCGGCAAACAUUGAGCAGUUGCCCGUUUCCCUCGGCGGGCGUCUCCAUUCGAAGUAGCUGUGGUCAGAUCCUGAUGAGAAAAAUCUUGUGAUCACUGAUCUAAUUAAAAGGCUUUUAUCCCACUAAACGGUCUUUUCCAUUGUGCGAGUUCAUGACGGGUGUUGUGCUUCUUCAGAGGUCGACGGCUCGGAUUAUUGGGAACAGGCGAAAUAAUUCAUUAAGCCAUAUAAAUAACUGUAUGUGAUCCAUUAAAACUGUUAAUAUUCAUUACCAUGACUCGUAUAUACAUUCGGCUUAUUGAGAAAAGAAAAAUGGAAGCUGUAAAAUACUUGAACCAAAUCUUGUAUCAUAACACUUCAUCUGAAUUAUAGGCAGAUGUGAUUUGCUAUUAGUGUGAUUUGUAAUUUUGCUUUUAAUAAACAGAAAAAAAAACUUUAAAAUGAUCAAAAACCUUAAA